AUGCGCAACCAGCCCCCUGCCCUUCCCUGCCCUGUACCAAACAAUGAACCACAGACGUCAUCCCGCAUCCCGCAUCCCGCAUCCCAUCUCAGCCCAUCUCACCUCGCACGCGAAAAACCCGAAAAACAUCCAUCCAUCGUCAUCCAACCAAACCAAGCUUUUGAAAGUAAGAAAGUUGGAAACGAAAUUACAGUACAGUACGAAGAUUUCGGAGGCAGGGGAGGGGAGGGGAGGGGAGGGGAUCUCGGGGAUGGAAUCAAUCGAUCCACGAAUUGGAGAAGAUGGGAUGGUAGGGGAUGA